GUAUAGUCGUAACUUUCCUCCAGUUUGCUUACCGCCCGAGUAAUUCAAAAAAUAUAGAACAGGUAAUUCAGCCUUUUCAAUACCUGCGAAUUUCGUUAAUAUGAAAUCCCUUCAUCCAUUUAAACGGCAGGAUGAAAAUUUAGCAGAUAGGAAUCCUGAUAUGUACACCUUGCAAGGUGUCAUUCAAUACUUACAGUACGAAGCAUUCAAAAAUGAAAGAGACAAAAAUCUAUGGGAAAUUGAAAAGACAGAACUUAAGGUUCGAAUUGCCCAUCUUGAAAGAGAAAAAGCAAAGUUGGAACAGUGGAAUAGUUUUCAGCAAAGACGAAAUGAAAUGUUAGAGAAGGCUCUAAAUCAGGUUCACAAAAACAAAAACAUUUCGUUGGAUAAACUAUACCCUCCUAUUCCAGAUUUUAACGUUACUGGUGCUACGGAAUCCAAGUCUGAUGCAUGCUUGCUCAAAAGCAGAGAUUUCAUCAAAAAAUCUCUUCAGGAAAUUGUAUAUUUAACAAACUUCCAGCCAAAUAUUCGCUGGAAUACUUUACAAGAGCAAGCGAUUUCUAAUUCCCAGGAAACUAAUUUGAGUACUUUCAGUUCGGCGAAUAAUGCUCAAGAUUCCUUUUUAAAGAAGGAGAUGAUCCUUAAUGAUGCUACUGAUGAAGAUUACACACCAAAUGAUAAUAACAAUAAGCCUAUGUCUGAUGAUAUAAUAAGUGAUGAUUUCCUUGAAGAUGAAAUAAUGACUCCAGCUCCUCCUUCUUCUGGUGACUCGUAUUCUGCAAAGACGCCGAAGGUAAUAAAACGCUCUUCUGCAAAUACCUCGUUGUCCGAAGCUUUAAACGCUAGUCAAGACGCGAUGACUAAAUUAGAUAUCAACGAGGAAUCUCAAGUCAAGGAUAAGUCUUUGGAGAAAAAUGACGAUUGGAAACUGGCGUAUGAAAUCAUUAAUCCUGCCGAGGUUACCCGCUGUAUCACGCACGAACCCUUACCAGGAAGCGCACCUAGUUUUGCUUCCGGUACUGACGAUGGAAUUAUUUAUAUAUGGACUCUUUCUAAGAAGUCAUCUGAACAUAUUGUCAAUGAAUUGUCUCCCCACUUAACUUAUUAUGGUCACAAGGGUCCCGUCUUAAGCUUAUGUGUGCCCAAAGCUACUCACCAUAUAUUUAGCGGAGGUCAUGAUGGAACAAUUAGAUGCUGGAAAUUGCCUGCUAUUUCUUCAAUUGAACCGCUUUCAAAGCCUAUGACAGAAGCCACAGUGUUUUUGGGUCAUGAAGAUUGUGUAUGGGAACUUUUAUGCUUAGAGAAGAAAGAGAAAAAUCCGAUACUUUUAUCUCUAUCUUCUGACAAUACGGUUCGUGGUUGGAAAUAUACCGGAGAACAACUGUUCGUUAUUAGAGAACAGAACAAACAACCGUUGUCUAUGUGCGUUAUCGGCGAUCAGUUAGCAAUUGCAUGGAAUGAUGGUUAUGUUCGUCUUUACGAGGUGGAGACGCAAGAUCAGGUCGACGAAUUUCUUAUAGCAGGAGACUCUACCCUUGGAGACCCUGCAAUUAGAGAUUGCGUUAAUAAAAUCAUUGCCAAGCAAGAACCCGCUCCAUGUCUGUAUUCACUUCACGAAAACGGUAUUAUACGAGUUUAUGAUUUGAAGAAAAGAGAAUGUAUAUGCGAAAAAGGCGUAGAUAACUUCGCUUUGACUGGUAUUUCGUUCGCAUCUCAUGCACCACGACUGGCUGUGGUUAGUGCUGUUGGUAAUGUCUAUCUCUACAGUCAGGACGAUCGCCUUUCUCCACUGUCUGGGCCAUACAAUUCCAAAAAUAGUCUUAGUGGAAACGAUAAUUUUGAUAUUCUAUGGCUUAAUAAUUCCGUGAAUGAUAAACAAUUUUUGGUGAUCGGUGGUAAAGAACGAAUUCAGGCAUAUAGCCGACCUUUAAUUUGAAGCUUUCUGAAUUGACAUAACAAUGUUGGCAUUAUUAGAUUUCCCAAGCGGAAGAAUACAAAAGAACUCUGUAAGCUUUAUUAUCUAUUGGAAAUUUGCCCACAUAAUCAAAUGUGUUCAGAGUGAUUGUUCCAUAAAGGCGUUUUAUAUCAGUUAAAGUUAAGAUUUAUUGGGAGCAACGAGGUUGAAAGAUUCCGCUUGCGAAAUUUGAUUAAUGACACUAGCGCGAGAUCUUUCAGCCCUUGAAUUGAUAAAGUGUUGCUACAAGAAUUAAAUUCAUAAUGGAAUACAGCUCUUUACUCUGUAAACCUUCGCUUUGAAAACUUAGUUGAAGGCCUUAUUACGAAAAUCCUAGACCUUAAUUAAGGUAUAUACUUAUUUGGAAAUUGUCGACAUGAAAUAUGGAAGCUUUUAGCUCUGAUGUUGAGUUUCUUGAUCCACGAUUUUAAAAAAUCUCAAAAGACAGCAAGUAUAUCCAAACAUCAACAUGCAAAAUCGAACAAGGAUGAUAUAGACACAAUAAGUUAGUUUCUGAUUUAGAAAUACGUUAUAUUAUAAAUUUAGAACAGAAAACAGGAAAAUAGUUAUAGGAAAUUAUGCAAACCAUAGCAAGGUUAAAGUGUUACGGGAGAAAUCUCACACGUUAUGAGAAUGUAAAUCGAGUGGAAGUAGUAAGUACAAGUUCA